UUAACUUCUUCCAAAUCCUCUUUCAUCACCAAACUAAAAGAACCUUUACGACACUCACUUUCUCUCUGAUGGUGGAAGCAAGAAGCUCCAAGAAAACCCAAUUGGGUAAUAAAGAAGAUCAUAACCCUAGAAAAUUCUACUCUCGAUUCCUCUUCAAAGCUCUACUCCUCGCCGUUUUUUGCGCCAUCGUACCGAUCUUCCUUUCUCAGACGCCGGAGCUCGCUAACCAAACCGGACUCCUCGAGCUUCUCCACCUGAUUUUCGUCGGCAUCGCCGUCUCUUACGGCCUCUUCAGCAGCCGGAACUAUGACGGAGGAGGAGGAGACGGAUCAAGCAAUAACGAUCACAAAGCUGAUCAUAAUAAUACUAACUCGCAUUCCUAUGUGCCUAAGAUUCUUGAAGUAUCCUCUGUUUUCAACGUUGAUCAAGAGAGUGAAUCUGAGCCGUCCGAUGAUUCCUCCGGCGACCACCGUAAGUUUCAGACAUGGAGGAACAAGUACCACAUGAAAACCCCCGAUGUUGUUCUUUCCAAAGAUCACGAGACUCGUUUCGUCGAUCGAGUUAGUUCUGAAAUCAGAGAAAAGCCUCUGCUUUUGCCUGUUCGCAGCUUGAAUUAUUCGCGGGUUUCUGAUUCCGGCGAUCACUCCGGUCGAUGGGAGAAAGUGAGAUCAAAGAGACAACUCCUCAAGAGUCUCGUUGAUGAUAACAGUGAUGUGCUUCCUUCACCGAUUCCAUGGAGGUCAAGAUCAUCUUCAUCAUCAUCAUCUUCAAAAGAGAUCGAAUCUCAGCCGUCGGUUAAGAAGCUGGGUACAGUUGAAUCACAGCCGUUGAUCAAGACUCAGGCGAAUCUGACACCAUCUUCCUCUUUCUCUUCUUCACCGAGAAAGUCGACGCCUUUACCUAAGCCCACAUCAGAGUCUGGAGCGAAAUCGGCGGAAAUCGUGAAAAGGCAGGAAUUUCUCGAAUCACCGUCACCUCCUCCUCCACCGCCGCCUCCGCCGUUACCGGCGUUUUAUAACUCGGCGUCGAGAAAGGAUUAUCCUCACGGAAUUUACAGGACUGGAUCAAGAGAAUCAGCUCACAAGACGAAAUUUACAGGCGGUGAGUUUCAUCCUCCGCCGCCUCCGCCGCCACCACCUCCGGUGGACUAUUACAAGUCGCCUCCGACAAAAGUCAGAGUAAGCAGCAGCGAACGGAGAAAAUCGUCGGAGCAAAAGAUGAAAUUGGAUGACUAUUCAGAAAAAAGAAACUCUCCUAAAAAGGUUUGGUGGUCUGAUCCAAUCGUGGAAUCGAAGGAACAUAGAAUUAUCAGACAAGACACGGAGAAGAACGAUCGAAGAAGUUUCUUGGGAAGCAAGGCGAUUGAGGAAUCGGAGGAUGAAGAACAUAAAAGAGAAGAAAACGAAACCCACGACGAUGAUGAGAAGAAGAAGAUAGAAGAGGAAGAAGAAGUUAGUGGGAACAACAGUGACGUGGACAAGAAGGCUGAUGAGUUCAUUGCCAAGUUCAGAGAACAGAUUAGGUUACAAAGAAUCGAAUCCAUCAAGAGAUCUGCUAAUAAGAACUCUGUCAAUUCUUCGAGGUAGAACGUACGUAUUUAUAAAUAUUUAAGAAC